CACUUCUGUUAAUCCUCAACACAAAAAAAAAAAAAAAAUGAAAAAUAAAUAUCACUAUAGAGCAUAAAACCACCAAUGAACAUAGACUCCUUACACCACAAUAUUGAAGAAAAAAUUAGUAACUUCAUGGCUAAAAGUCACCAGUUACUAGUUUCAGUUCCAGCAGGAAGUUCUCCCGUUUGGGAUAUCAAAUGUAGUUUCCAUUCCCUUAUUGUUCUUUUAAUUAUUUCCCUUGUGGCAGGAGUGGUUUACUUGACCGGAGAGAGUGGCCGGUUCUUAUUCGAAGAUAAUAGUAAUAGUAAUAGUAAUAUGGGUAGGGGAAAGGAAAAUGAGUCGUCAUUGUCAUAUUCAAAUAAUAAGUGUAAUUUGUUUUCUGGGAGAUGGGCCUUCGAUAACAAGUCCUAUCCUCUGUACAAGGAGAAAGAUUGCAAGUUCAUGUCUGAUCAGUUAGCUUGCCAGAAGUUUGGAAGAAAGGACUUGAACUACCAACAUUGGAGAUGGCAACCUCAUCAGUGUGAUAUCGCAAGGUUCAAUGCCACCGCAUUGCUGGAGAAACUGAGAAAUAAAAGGCUUGUGUUCGUGGGGGAUUCACUAAAUAGAGGCCAGUGGGUUUCCAUGGUUUGCUUGAUAGAUACAGCAGUUCAAUCUUCCUUUAAAUCCAUGCACUACAGAUACAAUGCUUCCUUGAUCAUUUUCAAAGUCAAAGAUUAUAAUGCAACAAUAGAAUUCUACUGGGAGCCAUUGUUGGUGGAAUCAAACUCAGAUGACCCAGUGCACCAUCGUCUUCCCGAGCGAAUUGUUAGAGCCAAUUCCAUUGAAAAGCAUGGUAGCCGUUGGACCAAUGCUGAUUUUAUUGUCUUCAAUAGUUACCUUUGGUGGAGACGUCCCCACAUCAAAGUCUUGUGGAGUUCAUUUGAGAAGUCUGAUGGAAUUUACAAAGAAGUAAAAAUGUUACGGAGCUACGAAAUGGCCUUAAAGGCAUGGGCUGAUUGGUUGGAAAUCCAUGUCAAUCGCACCAAAACGCAAUUGUUCUUCAUGAGCAUGUCACCAGUUCAUGAAAGGGCUGAAGAAUGGGGCAAAGCAAAAGGGGAAAAUUGUUACAGUGAAAAGGAGUUAAUACAAGAAGAGGGAUACCAAGGAAAUGGAUCAGAUCCAAAGAUGAUGAAAAUAGUGGAAUCAACUAUGCAUGAACUCAAACAUAGAGGAUUAAAUGUGCAGUUACUCAACAUAACACAGCUAUCAGAGUACAGAAAAGACGGCCACCCUUCAAUCUAUAGGAAACAAUGGGACUCUCUUACUGAAGAACAGAUUGCAAAUCCAAGUAGUUAUGCAGAUUGUAUACAUUGGUGUCUUCCUGGAGUCCCUGAUGUUUGGAAUGAGCUUCUUUAUGCAUACUUCUUUAAUAAAUACUGAGAAUUAAUGGAACCUUUGGUUUUGUAAAGUUUUUUAUGAUUUGCCAUUUUUUGAAAACAAUCAAAAAUGUUUCUUCAUUUAGCCUAAAGCCCCACAUGACUUAAACCUGGACCAAACUGAUGCAUGUGGGGCAGGCUUUUCAUUUUUUUAUUUCCCUUUUUGAUUUUUGUUGAAAUCCAAAAUUGUAAGUGGUCUAUUUAGCAAUUGUAUAUAAGCGACAAUCUGACAAUUGCUUUAAUAUGUUGAAUUUGA